GCAGAGGGCCAUGGCCAAAGCCCAAAAAGACCAGCAAGAUAGACAGCCAUGGGCACGGGGCUGGAGAUCUCCGGCGAGGUGCAGUACCGUGGCGAUCCGGUCUUGGUGCCGCCCCGCCGCCCCACGCCGCGCCACGCGCUCUACCUCUCCAACCUCGACGACCAGCGCUUCCUCCGCUUCUCCAUCAAGUACCUCUACGUAUUCGCCGCCGACGCCGCCGUCACCGCCGAGGCGCUCCGGUCCUCGCUCGCCGAGGCCCUCGUGGACUACUACCCGCUGGCGGGGAGGCUCCGUCCCGGCGACGGCGAGGAGGAGGGGAAGCUCGCCGUGGACUGCAAUGCCGAAGGGGCGCUGUUCGCCGAGGGCUCCCUACCCGGGCUCGUCGCAGCCGACUUCCUCCGCGGCGGCGGGGCCACGCCGCACAAGUCGUGGCGGAAGCUGCUGUACAGGGUCGACGCGCACGGCUUCGUCGCCGUGCCGCCGCUCGUCGUCCAGGUGACCCACCUCGGCUGCGGCGGCAUGGUCCUGUGCACGGCCAUCAACCACUGCCUCUGCGACGGCAUCGGCACGGCGCAGUUCCUGCACGCCUGGGCGCGCGCCGCCAGGUCCGACAUCGCCGGUGGCGGUGACCACCCCGUCGUCCAUGACCGCCGCGCCCUGCGCCCGCGCUGCCCGCCGCGCGUCGAGUUCACGCACCCGGAGUAUUGCCAGAACGCCGUCGCCCACGACGAGCCCACGCUCCUGGAGCACCUGCUAGGCCAGCCGCUCUCGCCGGUGUCCCUCACCUUCACGGGGGCGCACCUGGGGCACCUCAAGAAACAGUUGCUGCUGUCGGCGCCGGCGCUCAAGCGCUGCACCUCCUUCGAGGCGCUGGCGGCCACGGUGUGGCGUGCAUGGGUGCGCGCGCUGGACCCGCCGGCGGCGCUCCGCGUGAAGCUCCUCUUCUCGGUGAACGCCCGGCGGCGCCUAAAGCCGGAGCUCCCCGAGGGAUACUACGGCAAUGGUUUCGUGCUCGGGUGCGCGGAGUCUACGGCGGGGCAGGUGGCGGCGGUGGCUGCGCCGGCGACGGUGAUCCGGCUCGUGCAGGUGGCCAAGGAGCGCGUGGACGACGACUACGUGCGCUCCAUGGUGGACCUCCUGGAGGAGUGCCGCGUCGGCGCGGGCGGUGGAGCCAAGCCGGACCUGUCGGCGAGCCUGGUGAUCUCGGCAUGGACGCGGUUGGGGCUGGAGGACCUCGACUUCGGCGGGGGCACGCCGGCGCACAUGGGCCCGCUCACCAGCGAGAUAUACUGCGUGUUCGUCCCGGUGGCAGGCGACCCCGGCGGCGUCACCGUGCUCGUCUCCGUCCCGCAGGCGGCUGCCGACAAGUUCGAGCACUACUGCUGCAACCCUGUUGAACUCAGUGGUGUGGAAGAAACGGACGGCGGUGCCAUUGCCGGUAUGCUGGAGCGCGACGAGCAGCACCAACCCUGUCAUGGACAUGAGAUCAAGAUGGAUUACUAAAGUAAUCCUAGCAUAAUGCCCAAUCUCAAGUUGUCAUGGAACAUAGGGAUGAACUUAUGUAAAUUUUGUAUUUGGAUCUUGUUCGUCUGAUCCAUCAAAAAUUUGAACAUGAUCAUAAGCAUGCUCAUCGUCGUCAAUCAACAACUUAAAAACACAGCCUGCUCGAUCCAUAAUUAUAUCUAGAGCAUUUUCCUGUAA